GGGAAACUCAUUCAGGCAAGUUCAGCCCUUUAUGAGGAAUUCCCCUGUGGUCACAUUCCAAUUCCUGGACCUGCUGCCACCCUCAGAACUGCAUGCUCCUUCUUCAGACUUUCUAAGAAUGACUCAGGUCAUUGGUGGAGUGAAGUCAAGAUUUCCAACUCAGUCACCUGAAGAGAUGGAGAUACCAUUCAUGGAGCUGGAGGUCCCUGGAGAUUUGGGAAUUCAGAUAACAAGCUAAGAUAAGGAGUUUGCCUACCUCUGUUCUAGAGCGAAGCCUGAGCCUUGGGCGCGCAGCACACCACAAGUAUCUGUUACUGUGUUUUGCAGAAGCUUCAGGCGGGGAUAUAAGCCCCACAAGGAAAGCGCUGAGCAGAGGAGGCCUCAGCUUGACCUGCGGCAGUGCAGCCCUUGGGACUUCCCUCGCCUUCCACCUCCUGCUCGUCUGCUUCACAAGCUAUCGCUAUGGUGUUCGUGCGCAGGCCGUGGCCCGCCUUGACCACAGUGCUUCUGGCCCUGCUCGUCUGCCUGGGGGCGCUGGUCGACGCCUAUCCCAUCAAACCCGAGGCUCCCGGCGAAGACGCCUCCCCGGAGGAGCUGAACCGCUACUACGCCUCCCUGCGCCACUACCUCAACCUGGUCACCCGGCAGCGGUAUGGGAAAAGAGACGGCCCGGACACGCUUCUUUCCAAAACGUUCUUCCCCGACGGCGAGGACCGCCCCGUCAGGUCGCGGUCGGAGGGCCCAGACCUGUGGUGAGGACCCCUGAGGCCUCCUGGGAGAUCUGCCAACCACGCCCACGUCAUUUGCAUACGCACUCCCGACCCCAGAAACCCGGAUUCCGCCUCCCGACGGCGGCGUCUGGGCAGGGUUCGGGUGCGGCCCUCCGCCCGCGUCUCGGUGCCCCCGCCCCCUGGGCUGGAGGGCUGUGUGUGGUCCUUCCCUGGUCCCAAAAUAAAGAGCAAGUUCCACAGAAA